AUGUCGAACAACGACAAGGACAUUCUGAACAGUAUGUAUCGGAUCCAUCCUCUGAAGGAGGACAACUGGAUGCCAUGGAAGAGGCGCAUGACUGCGUUCCUGGACGAGAAGAAGCUUCUCGGCUACAUCACCGGUGAGAUACAGAAACCGGAGCUGAGCGCUAAUCCGGAUACCAGAGAAGCGCGCGAUGCCGAGAUUCAGAAGUGGGGCGAGAAGGAUCAGAGGGCGAGGAAUUUGAUCAUCAUGUGCCUGGACGAUGCACAGGUGAUCCAUAUGGAAGGAGCUACAACGGCGCAUCAUAUGUGA